AUUAAGAGGGGCCGCAUUUGGCCCACGGGCGAAAUGACGUAGUGGAACAUGCUGUGCUAUUGUGAUGUUAACAGAGAUAGUCAUGGAGCUAGCAGGCUAACCUGCCUGGAAACAGCACUAGCUUGCCUGUCAGAGGGUGGGCUGCUCUCCUACUUGACACCCUGACGUACCGCGUCCAGGAGCCUGCAGAGAACUACAGGAGAAGAUUACAUGAAUUGAUCAUUGUACUCAUUAUUUUGAUAGCAUUAUCAGUGUGAAGUAGUUUGUGUGUCAAAGUCUUGGACUAUAUUAUAGUACAGGAGAUUUUACAAAAGCGGUGCAAUCCAACAGGCACCAAACGGACUUGGCAGCAGCUAAAGAUGAAAUAUAAAAAUGUAGUUCACAAAGCCAACAGAAAAAAGGCUGAGGCCCGCAAAACAGGUGGCGGUCCACCACCACCUCUCACAGAGGCUGAAAAGAUGGCCCUCAGUCAGAACAGUGGGCGACCCAUUGCUGAGGGCAUCUCUUGGGGGAGCUCAUCGGACCCACCCACGCCCCAGGACACAGGGGCCUACAUAAAAGUUACUGAUGGUGUAAUCUGUCUCGUGGAGCCUUCUGCCAUAACGGACCUCCAUGCUGAGGAUGGUGAAGACACUUUAUCAGCUGCCACAGAGAGGGAAGAUGCAGAGAGGCCUGUUGAAAGCCAUGCUGGAAAUUACAAUGAGGAAGAAGGUCCAUCAACCUCCACAGAACAUCUUACCUCAGUAGCUGGUGUGUGUUUUCCAGUCCAGUUUAUUAUCCAGCCAGACUCCGAGUAUGGGAGAGGCAGAGCGGCUGGGGGGUGGAAAAGAAAAAACUGGGUUUUUGGCAUGUUGGGCGUGAAGAAAAGUGAUGGGAAGAGUCAGAGACCAAUCCUGCGCCUGGUGGACAGGCGAACCAGACAAUAACUUGUCCCUUUGCUAUGCCGACAUGAAAAAUGGGCUCUUACAUCAUUAGUGAUGAAUGGCGGUCAUACCGCGUACUUAAUGCUAUUACAGGAAACCAUAAACAGCACAUUGAACGUGCUUGGCGAACUGUUAAGGAGCAGGUCUGGAGACAAAGGGGCAACCGGACAGAAGAACUGUUGUCAGACCACCUAAAUGUGAUUGAGUGGCAUGAAUGGAUUGCAAAAAAGGCGCACCAGGCAACAUUUUUGGUUAAUUUAACAGCUUCUUAGUCACUGAUGAUUAAAUGGCUAAUUACCGGGUGAAUGGAGCGUCUCUAACCCAUCUCUAUAAACAUUGUGCCUUUAAGAAACCUAUUAAAUCUUAAAAAAAAAA